CGGGGGGCCCGCGGAGGACAACGACUGCGAAGGAGGAGGAGUGAUGAGAAGAGGGGGUACCCUGCACCCCCCCCAAGACCGCCAGCCCCAGGUGUUCAGCAUAGGUUCCUGUGACUUUAAAUAAUAAUCAGAGAUUUGGAGAGGUCCACAGUCUUCCUAGGAAAGUAAGGGGACAGCCAGAAGAGAGAGCAGAGGCAGGGGGAAGCUGUGAUCCUCCCUGGAACCAGUAUAACUUCAACAGUGUCAUAAUACCGAACGUGCCAUCUGCAAGAAGAGAUUCAGAGGAGCCGGGUCCCAGGCUGAGCCUGUGUUUUGAAAGACUCAAACCCAAGCUGCUUUCCUAAGAGAGUAACCACUGGGAUCCCCUUGCAGGACAGCCUCAAAUUUGGUUAGGCUCUCCUCAGGAAUCAAGUGAUGUGGGGUGAGUGCACCUGCUGAGAACCAAAGAAGAUAAGGAACUGUGGUUGUCCCCCACCCCCGGACAAGGAGGGGACUGGACCGCUAUUCCAGUUUGGGAAUAAGGCAUUCACACCCCUAGUGGUUGGCUGCUGAGUCCAGUGGGGUGUGUUUCUUGUUUUCCUUCCCGAUUGUGGCCUCAGUGCUUGAUGGGGCUGCCUGUUGGUGGAACAAUCUUCACAGUAUCUGGCGGGAGCAAAGAGCUGUGGGAGACGGCCAAUGAACCUGGGCUCUCCCUGGGACUCAGGUCUCUCUGGAGUUAAAAGGGAGAGAGAAAGAGAGAAAUUCCCAUUCUCCCCUGUCAUGUCCUCCAAGCCAGAGCCAAAAGACCUCCACCAACUGAAUGGGGCUGGCCCUCCUGAGCUGCCCUGCCCAGCAGAUAUCCCUGGACGGGAGCCACUAGCUAGCACCUCUGAGUUCCUGGGUCCAGAUGGGGCAGGAGUGGAGGUGGUUGUGAUCGAGUCACGGGCCAAUGCCAAAGGGCUUCGAGAGGAGGACGCCCUCCUGGAGAACGGGAGCCAGAGUAAUGAGAGUGACGAUGUCAGCACUGAUCGUGGCCCUGAGCCGGCCUCUCCCCUCAAGGAGACCUCCUUCUCCAUUGGGCUCCAGGUGCUUUUCCCUUUUCUCCUGGCUGGCUUUGGGACCGUUGCUGCAGGCAUGGUGCUGGACAUUGUGCAGCACUGGGAAGUCUUCAAGGAUGUAACCGAGGUCUUUAUCCUGGUCCCUGCACUCCUGGGGCUCAAGGGGAACCUGGAAAUGACACUAGCAUCAAGACUGUCAACAGCUGCCAACAUUGGGCACAUGGACACACCAAAGGAGCUUUGGAAGAUGAUCACUGGAAACAUGGCCCUUAUCCAGGUGCAGGCCACGGUCGUGGGCUUCCUGGCCUCCAUUGCAGCCGUCAUCUUCGGCUGGAUCCCUGAUGGUCACUUCAGCAUCAGCCACGCCAUUUUGCUAUGUGCCAGCAGUGUGUCCACUGCCUUCAUUGCUUCCCUGGUUCUAGGCAUGAUUAUGAUUGGAGUCAUCAUUGGCUCCAGGAAGAUUGGGAUCAACCCUGACAAUGUGGCCACACCCAUUGCAGCCAGUCUGGGAGACCUCAUCACGUUGGCACUACUGUCAGGCAUCAGCUGGGGGCUGUACCUGGAGCUGGAGGGCCGGCCGUAUAUCAACCCUCUGGUAUGUGUCUUCUUUGUGGCUCUGCUGCCUGUGUGGGUGGUACUAGCCAAGAGGAGCCCAGCCACUCGGGAGGUGUUGUACUCGGGAUGGGAGCCAGUCGUCAUUGCCAUGGCCAUCAGCAGUGUAGGGGGCCUCAUCCUGGACAAGACUGUCUCUGACCCCAACUUUGCUGGCAUGGCUGUCUUCACUCCAGUGAUUAAUGGUGUCGGAGGCAAUCUGGUGGCGGUCCAAGCCAGCCGCAUCUCCACCUACCUGCACAUGAACGGGAUGCCAGGGGAAAGCUCAGAGCCAGCACCCCGGCGCUGCCCUAGUCCUUGUACCACUUUCUUCAGUCCCGAUGUGAAUUCACGCUCAGCCCGGGUCCUUUUCCUCCUUGUGGUGCCUGGACACCUGGUGUUCCUCUACACCAUCAGCUGCAUGCAGGGCGGGCACACCACCCUGACCCUUAUCUUCAUCAUCUUCUACAUGACGGCUGCACUGCUCCAGGUGCUGAUCCUCUUAUAUAUCGCAGACUGGAUGGUGCACUGGAUGUGGGGCCGGGGUCUGGACCCAGACAACUUCUCCAUCCCAUACUUGACAGCCUUGGGUGACCUGCUAGGCACUGGCCUCCUGGCCCUCAGCUUCCACGUUCUCUGGCUUAUCGGGGACCGAGACACAGAUGUCGGGGACUAGCUUCCACCCUUCCACCCUCAUUGCCUUGUAUUUGAUUUUAUUUCUUUUUGUUUUCUCUCCAUCCUCCUUUCUAGGACUUCACUUUGAUAUUGAAUUCUCAUUAUUUUCAAUGGGAAUUUUUAAUAUGUUGAGCCGAGUUUGUACAGUGAGCAUUUUGGAAGGCUAGAUUGAGUUAAACAGUAUGAGUCAAUUUUGAGACAAUCACCAAGUGCAAUUUCAUGGUGGGUGCCUCCAAGCCGGACAGGGGACAUCUUUCUGGAAAAUAGGAACAGGGAGUCCAACCUCAGUAACCUACAUGUUUGACUAAUAGGGGAGCCCUAUGUGGGUGGGCUCUGGCUUUUUUGGUUGACUGGUGGGGAUAAUAAAAUCAUUCCCUUAUUUCCUUGAAAAUGGAUCAUAAGAAAGGAGCUGAGCAGAGGGACAACUGGUCCUUAGCCCUCUUUUCUGCUUCUGAAAUCUGCCCCCCCCAAAGAGAGUGAAGUGGGUUAACUGUCCCCAUUAUGGUAUGUCCCUCACCCCAUAACUGUUAGGUACCACCAAUAAGCUAUCCCACUGUUCUCUAAUUGCCUAACACUCCCUGGAAGAAGCAGAUAGUGGCUUGGUCACCCUUUGCCAGCCACAAAUUCUUCCAGUCAUUCAAAUACUGAUACCCACAUCCUCUCAGGGCUCAAACAACAGGCUGCAUGUCUCUUCCUCUCUCUCCCCUGUCCCUUCUACCCACUCCUUGUCCAUGUUUGAGCACACCCUGCACCCUGAGUGAGCCCAGGGGCUGGGUCAGGAGCUGGUUCUAUGGUUGGAGAGUUUCAGGGAGAAAGUUCUACUUCCCUCUCUGUGCUUAAAAUCACGUGGAGUCAACUAAGGCUCUGUGGUUUCCUAAGCGGCACUUCCCCUCUCCCCCCCACUCCCCACCAUCACUUUCCUUCUCCUCAGCUUCUGUCUCAGAGCAUUCCUUCAUUCAUUUAUUCAUUUAUCCAACAAAUAUUUAUUGAGUAUUCACUAUGUACAAAGCCUGGAAGAAGUCUCCUCCCAGACCAGCCCCCCAGGAAGCUGAUUAUCUUUUCCCCACAUCAUCAUCUCUUUGCUACCUAAAGCCUUGCCUCACCACUUCCUUUGGUCUCAUAGGCAGAACCUGCCUUUGAACUUGGCAGUGAGAGAGGGCUUCUUGAACCUGAGUUUCACCAGACUUAACUUAGUCUUCCCUUUUUUUCUGUGUUUUGGCUCCUACCUCUUCCCAGCCCUAAUCACAUCCAAGGUGCUCAACCUGCUUCCUCCAUCAGGGUUCUUGGCUUUUCUCCCAGGUGGAUGCCUACUGCAGCCAGCAAGAGCCUAAUUGCCCUUCCUCACACUCCUAUCCCUCGACUCCUAGGAUCCUAGGAUCCUGCCCACUGGGCACCCAAGAGAAUCCAGAAUUGGUAAUCUAGACCUCACCCAGUUGCUGCUGUUUUUCUCUGAAAGGAAACUGGGGUUCUCAGCAUCUCCACCGUGUAUUGCUCUGGACCAGAUCAGGAAUCCAGGGAAAACUGAACACAUGUACUCAUGCAUGUAUGGAUCUGGGCAUUUGGAUACAGGUGUUGCUCAGCUUCUUUGCUCUAGGGCCUCCCCACAAAAUCUUCCUUCUUAGCCAAGAGGAUGGUGGGUAAAGGAGACCAGUCUCAUCUCCACUCCCAACUUCUCCUAUCCCCAUUUCCUGGAUUGUCCUCUUAGGGGCUGCUUAGACAGGAGCCCCAUCUCUUAUUGAUACCACUUUCAUCACUGGGACCUUCCACUGAAUUUUCUGGAGCAAGCCCCCUCCCCCUUUAUUCCCAACCACUCAUUCUAGAAUCGUAAUCCUAGUUGGAAAUGACUUCCGUGGUCCUCUAUUUACCCUGGGCUAUGUCCAGCAAAGCAAACUUAUUACUGCUUGGACUUGUCUUCUCUGCUUCCCCUGCCUGACCCCCUCACUCCUACUAUCUUCGCCUAUCUUCUCUACACAAACAGCAAAACAAAACCCUUCCAGAGGUCAUCCCUCAUCUAGCUUCCCAGUUUGGCUAACUUGUCCAACUCAUCUUUCCCUCAUCCACAGUGUCCUGUUUGGGCCAGCAAAUGGACCGUCCUCCCCCUCAGGUCCUGGGUAUGUGGCCUCCUGUAAGAGGAGAAGAAAGAGGGACUGUGGAGUGAGAAUAUCACUGAAAAUGCAAACGCGUCCAAGAUUUCUUUCCCCAACUGUGCAUGUACUUUAGACCUGGCUGCAAGGAGCAAUGUUGGUUUACUCUUGUAUUCUUAAAAAGUUCCAGAAUUGUGUCUUAAGAGAAUUAUUUAUAGUUGCUAUAACUGAAUUGACAAAUGUCAACUUAACUGAUAAAUUAUAUUUGGUAAAAUAAA